UCGAAAUGGUCAGAAGAAGCCAUGAACCAUUCGCAUUCCUGCACGGUACCUAUUUGUUGUGAAGAUUCACAAACCAUGGAUGAGCUGAGGAUCGUUUUGUUUGGCCGGCAAGAUGUCCAUAAAGAGAAACUGGAAAAAGUCCUGACCAACAAAAAACUCUUCACCUCAAAGGAUUCUUCUAAUGAGCAAAGAAAGCCCAACAGUCAAAAAGUGGUUGUUGUAAAUACUCCAGAUCUGUUCAAAAGAGAAGAAGAACUAGAUGAUGUGCUGGAAAAGAUCAAGCGUUCCCUCAGACGUGUCAAACCUGGUCCUCAUGUCUUCCUGUUCGUGGAGAGGUUUGACGAGAUGGAACAAGAGAAAAAAGACGCACUGCGUAUUUUUGAGAACACUUUUGGUGAACAGGCAUUGGACUUCACUAUGAUGGUGUUCACCACUGAUGAUCAAGAAGAAGAUGAAGCUGCCAUGAUGGACAAGAUGGACAAGUUUUCCAUCAAAACAUUAACCAGGCAUGUCGAUGAUAGAUACUUUAUUUUUAACAUUGCUGACAUUGAACAUCAGCAGCUUCAAGUCACUGAGCUGCAGGAGAAGAUAAAACAGAUGAGGAAGAUCUGUCAUCAUUUCUACACCCCGGAGAUGCUCGAGCAGGCUGAAAAAGCUCUGGGAAAAAAAGAGAAAGAAGCACCAAAAACAGAAGCAGAGUGGUGCUCUUUUUAUGACAGGUGUGGUGUGAUUGGAACAGCUGUUGGAACUGGAAUAGGAUAUGUUGUUGGUUGCCGUGGUGAACUGACACCUACAACAGGAGCUACAAUUGGAGGUGUAGUUGAUCGAGAACCGGCUACGGUGUUUGCAUCUGCUGCUGACGUGUCAGAGCUCGAUGCUACGAGAUACCAGCAAGAGCUAAAUGACUGAAGGCUCUGAGCUCCAUGCUGUCACUGUGGGAUCCCACCACCACCCCGCCAAAUGGAAACCUUUGCCACAUGAACACAUCAUCAUUGUACAUUAUUAUUUACAACUGAACAUCCACCAGGUCACCAGAGUUUAGGGUUCAGGUUUUAUAGGAGCCACAUGUUAAUAAAAACUGGAAGAUGUUAGAUUUAGAUGAUGUUUCUAAUAUUUUGGCUUUACAAUGUUUCCUUUUGUGAGUCUGAAACAACUGAAACAGGAUAGAAACAGGUGGAGCCUAACUCUGGAUUUGCUGCAGUGACCUGUUGGAUGUUAAGUGAACUUUUAUCUUCAUUAACCUGUGACUGUUUUCAUAUCCAGUGGUGAUCUGUGAGAUAACACACAGUAAUGGCUUUCAAUGUGUUUUUGUGUGUUGGACAGUGGGACAGAUCGGUAAUCUAUCAGUUUGAUCAGAUUAGAUCCUGCUGGCCGUCACAGACUCUGUUCUACAUUCAUACAGUUUGUUUAUCGUUUUAAAGGAUUUUGGAGUUUCAGGGUUUCUUGUGUUUGUUCUCCUGGAUAAACUCCACUUUCUUACUUUAGGAGUUUCUACAGGACUGUUUCCUGAUCCAAAUGUAAAUGUGUGCUUCAGCUUCGGUGCAGACGGUUUUCACAUGUUUGUGGAUGGAAAAACGUCGGGAAUCCAGUAUUUGUACUCUUGUAUCAGUAUAUGUUACAGCAUGUUUUGUAGUCCAGAGCAUGAGCACUUAUAAUCACAGUCACAUCUGUCCUGAUGUGAACCCACAGGCUCGUGCUGAGGAGUUUGCUAAACAGUCUAAAUGAUGUCUGACUUUUAUUGUUAUUGUGUGUUGUAUUAAGUACCAGGUCUGCUUUGGAUUUUAUGCCUGAACUUGUUGUACAGGAAGUCCUGACUUUGUGCCUUUGAGCAGCAAACACAUGUGAACGUGCAGCUCAGGUUCUCUCUGCUCAGGUCAAAGGUCAUUCUCCUGUACAUGUUGGACUUGUUUCAUUUGUUUCCUUUGUAUAAACUCGUGCAUGUAAUAAAACAGAAGUAGGUUGUUGAUAACCUGCUGAAAGACA